ACACAUUUUGGUUUGUGUCGACGAGUGGGAGUGCCACAAGCGCGUCCAAGUUGGAAUCAUAUAUAUCAUUGACGCCAUCUUGUUCUCUGUCAAUUAAAAUUGUUCUUGGUUUUACUCAUUGCUGAGUAAAACGUUAUUUAAUAUAUAUAUUGUUAAUUAAAAUUAACCAAAAUUUCACGUCAAAAGCGCGAGGAGAUGAGCUAUGGUCGUCCUCCUCCUCGUAUUGAUGGAAUGGUGUCUCUUAAGGUUGAUAAUUUGACCUACAGAACAACACCAGAAGAUCUACGUCGCGUGUUUGAACGUUGUGGCGAAGUUGGUGAUAUUUACAUACCAAGAGAUCGUUUUACACGUGAAAGUAGAGGUUUUGCAUUUGUCAGAUUUUAUGACAAACGUGAUGCUGAAGAUGCACUUGAUGCAAUGGAUGGACGAUUAUUAGAUGGAAGGGAACUCAGAGUUCAAAUGGCUCGUUAUGGAAGACCAACAUCACCACAUCGAAGUCGUGGAAGUCGUCGUCGUGGUGGAAGAUCUCGUAGUCGCAGUCGUGACCGCAGAAGAUCACGUACAAGAUCCCGUUCAAGAUCACGUAGUCGUGAUCGUGAUCGUAAACGUUCUUAUUCACGCAGUCGUUCACGUUCACGUUCAGAUAGCAAAAGUUCACGUGGUAAAUCACGUACACGCAGCAAGUCUGCAGAAAGACAGAGUCGCUCAAAGUCUAGAGACUGAGGGACUUGACAAUUGGUAUGAGAGUACAACUCAAUUGAGACGAACGUGCUGUGACACUAUAUUUUGUUGCGGAUUCACAGAGUCAAUUCGCAAAAGGUAUAUUCAAUACUCUCCAUACCUAAAUCACAAUUAAAUUUAAGCACGUUCGUAUUUAUCGAUCUUAUAUAAAUAAAUCUUAAAUAUAUAUUUAAUUUUUUUUUUUUUUUUUCCACAAUUAACCAUAUAUUGACGCACGAUCCGGUAUUUUUGUUAUUUUUUUUCUUUUUAAAUACUGUUUUUUCAAUUCAAAUAAUAAAAUCCAAAAAUUAACUGUAGUAUUUACACAUCAUUGAUUUUUUUAUUUGCAACUAUAUGAUAAAAAAAAAAUUAAUUACUUUGUUUUUUAGCUUUGUCGUGAUUUUACUAUCAAUUGUAAAUUGUUUUUAUUU